CUCCCCCUGGGGUGAGUCCAGCCUCAGCCUCCUCUUUCCCGACUGUCACAUUUAUUUUCCAGCCCUGACAGCGAGUCAGCUCCUCUGGGGAGACCAUCCCCCUGCGCCAUCUCCUAUCUGCCACAGCUCAGCUGGCCCUUCCAGCAGAAAAGCCGUCCUUACCUGCACCGAAGGUCUCCCGGACCUCCUCUCCCUGCGUCUGGACCCUCUCUCCAUCCAGCCUCCCAUGCCGAGGCCCACCUUGUCAGUCACGUCUUUCUGUCGUCGGCUUGGAAAACCGGAGAGAGCACGGAGCUUCAUGGGAAACAGCAGCAACAGUUGGUCCCAUACGUCGUUCCCCAAGUUGGAGCUGGGCCUGGGGCCCCAGUCCGCAGUGCCCCGAGAGCUUCCUGCCUGCUCCAUCUGCCUGGAGAGGCUGCGUGAGCCCAUCUCGCUGGACUGUGGCCAUGACUUCUGCGCGCGGUGCUUCAGCACGCACCGCGUCCCGGGCUGCGAGCCGCCCUGCUGCCCCGAGUGCCGGAAGAUAUGCAAGCAGAGGAAGGGCCUCCGGAGCCUGGGGGAGAAGAUGAAGCUCCUGCCGCAGCGGCCGCUGCCCCCCGCGCCGCAGGAGCCCUGCUCUGUGAGGGCAGAGCCGCUGCUACUGGUGCGCAUCAAUGCCUCUGGGGGCCUCAUUCUGAGGAUGGGGGCUAUCAACCGCUGCCUGAAGCACCCCCUGGCCCGGGACAGCCCUGUCUGCCUGCUCGCUGUCCUGGGGGAGCAGCACUCAGGGAAGACGCUCCUCCUCAGCCACUUGCUGCGAGGCUUGCCGGGCCUGGAGUCCGGUGAGGGUGGCUGGCCGAGAAGGGGAGAGGGGUCCCUGCAGGGGUUCAGAUGGGGAGCCAAUGGCCUCACCAGGGGCAUAUGGAUGUGGAGCCACCCCUUCCUGCUGGGAAAAGAAGGGAAGAAGGUGGCUGUAUUCCUGGUGGACACGGGGGACGCCAUGAGCCCUGAACUGAGCAGAGAAACGAGGAUUAAGCUCUGUGCUCUGACCAUGAUGCUGAGCUCCUACCAGAUCCUUAACACCUCCCAGGAGCUGAAGGAUACAGACCUGGACUAUCUGGAGAUGUUUGUCCACGUGGCCGAGGUGAUGGGCACGCAUUAUGGGAUGGUGCCAAUCCAGCAUCUGGAUCUCUUAGUUCGUAACUCAUCCCACCCCAGCAAGGCAGGGCAGGGGCACGUGGGUGACAUCCUUCAGAAAUUGUCCAGCAAAUACCCCAAGGUCCAGGAGCUGCUCCGAGGGAGACGAGCCCGCUGUUGCCUCCUGCCCACUCCUGGGAGGCGGUGGGUGAACAAAGGCCAAGGAAGCCCUGGCGACACAGGUGAUGGUUUCUGCCACCUCCUCGGGGCCUACGUCUCGGAUGUGCUGAGUGCAGCCCCCCUGCAUGCUAAGAGCCGCUGCCAGGGGUACUGGAGUGAGGGGCGUGCCGCGGCCAGGGGGGACAGACGCCUGCUCACGGGGCAGCAGCUGGCCCAGGAGAUCAAGAACCUCUCGGGCUGGAUGGGGAGGACAGGGCCGGGUUUCACGUCUCCGGACGAGAUGGCCGCUCAGCUCCACGACCUGAGGAAAGUGGAGGCUGCCAAGAAGGAGUUCGAGGAGUACGUGAGGCAGCAGGACAUAGCCACCAAGCGCAUAUUCUCUGCACUCCGGGUCCUGCCCGACACCAUGCGGAACCUCCUCUCCACCCAGAAGGACGCCAUCCUGGCCCGUCAUGGUGUGGCCUUACUGUGCAAGGGGAGGGAGCAGACCUUAGAGGCCCUGGAGGCUGAGCUGCAGGCCAAGGCCAAGGCCUUCAUGGACUCCUACACCAUGCGCUUCUGUGGCCACCUGGCUGCUGUGGGGGGGGCCGUGGGGGCUGGGCUCAUGGGCCUGGCCGGGGGUGUGGUGGGUGCGGGCAUGGCGGCAGCGGCACUGGCCGCAGAGGCCGGGAUGGUGGCGGCUGGAGCUGCCGUGGGGGCCACAGGGGCCGCCGUGGUUGGGGGUGGCGUGGGCGCUGGGUUGGCUGCCACUGUGGGCUGUAUGGAGAAGGAGGAGGAUGAGAGGGUGCAGGAAGGGGACCGAGAGCCCCUUCUCCAGGAAGAGUGACAGCCCCGGGGGACGGUCAAGGGUGGGAGAGAUGUGAGGUGGGGGCCAAGGAAGUGGGGUUGGGGGCGGGGGCAGUGCCAGGGAUUCCCAGGGGCCCGCAUGCACCACACUGCCCUGGCUGAGUGCCCAGUGUUCUGGCUUUUGGCUCGGCUGGGGACUCAAGGUGGCUCUGGGGACCUGGGGAGGUUUCCCAGGGCCAGGAGGCAGCAUUUGGGGGCAGUGGAUAGAGCAUAGGGCCUGUUUCUGGUUGUAGACAACGGCUGGAUCCCAGGGUCUCCCACUGCAAGCAAGGCUGCACCCUCCUCACCUGGCUCAUGUCCCCGGAUGACCCUAGGAAGGUUGAGCAGGUGCCAUCCUGGAAAUGUACCCGUGGGUCGAGAGCCUGGCCUUUCACAGGUGGGAGAAGCCCCAGGAUGAGAGACCAUGGGGCUGAGGAAGAGAGAGGAGGAGCCGGAGAGAGAGGGUGUGGUGGACACUGGCCUAAACCCCAGAGGGGGCAGCUCGACCGUGACUCCGCCCAAAGCUGCUCCAGCAGGACGAAGGAGCCCUGUGCAGCCGGGCCGUGUGUGCAUCCUGAACCACCUCGUGGCCAGGCCCCCAGGGCCUCUCUGGGCCUCAGGUCUUUGCCGCACCUGUGCAGAUGGACGGGUGCCUGCCUGCGUCCUUCGUUGGAUGCCCUUGCCACACAGGCUACAUGCCAAAGAAUGACACCUUUGACUGCACUCUGAGCUGAACCUGGCAGCCUUCAUACUAGAGCCUAUGAAACCCUUGCAGAGGAAACAAAAUGAAUGAAGUCUACCCUUGAACAUACCCUUUCUCCCGAGCUGGUGCAAGGCUGGUCUGUUCCAUUUUAGAGGACCUCGAUGCAGCUUCCCAAACACCAGGCCCCACAGGAACCGAGGGCGAGGGGCCUCUCCCCAGGGGACAGAAAGUCCUACUAGGCUGUCAAACUGUAAAAGGUGAAUGGCACAUGAUCCUUUAUUUUAUGAAAAAUAAAAUGUUUGAAUGUGUCA